AUGAGCUUCCAUCUGCUGUUCAUUCUCAUUUGCAUUCAAAAUUUUCACAAUUUCUUGGCUGCAAAUGACAUCCAACAAAGAGAUCCAUUACAAACGUACAUUGUUCAUGUUGGGCCACAUGAUGCACAAAAUUUCAAUCGGUCACAAGAUUUCAAAAAUUGGUACCAUUCAUUUCUGCCAAAAAUUUCACUCAGUCCGCGCAUGAUCUAUGCUUAUAACAACGUACUGAGAGGUUUUGCAGCUAGAUUAUCCACUAAUGAAGUGAAAGAGAUGGAGAAGAAACCUGGAUUCAUCUCGGCCAUACCCGAACGAGUACUGUCCUUACAAACAACUCAUAGUCCCGACUUCUUGGGAUUAAAUCAAAAUAUGGGAUUCUGGAAAGAGUCUGAUUAUGGCAAAGGUGUAGUCAUUGGUGUGAUAGACUCUGGAAUACGGCCUGAUCAUCCGUCAUUUAAUGACGAAGGAAUGCCUCCCCCACCUGCUACAUGGAAAGGAUAUUGUGAAUUCAACUUUAUGGCAUGUAAUAACAAAAUUAUUGGUGCAAGAAAUUUCGUAAGUGGUGAUGGAACCCCAUUGGAUUUUGAUGGCCACGGGACACACACUGCGAGCACUGCUGCUGGAAAUUUCGUGAAAGGUGCCAAUGUCUUUGGAAAUGCUAAUGGCACUGCAGUUGGAGUCGCCCCCCUUGCUCACUUGGCCAUUUACAAAGUCUGUAGCAAUGUGUCUUUCUGUCUCGAGAGUGACAUGUUGGCAGCAAUGGACACUGCCAUUGAUGAUGGUGUCAACGUGCUUUCCCUCUCGCUUGGUGUUUCGGUCAAUCCCUUUCACCGUGACUACAUUGCCAUUGGUGCAUUUAGUGCGAUGGAAAAGGGAAUUUUCGUGAGUUGCGCUGCUGGAAAUUAUGGUCCAUCAUCUGCUACGUUAUUGAAUGAUGCUCCGUGGAUUCUCACAGUUGGUGCAAGCACCAUUGAUCGAAGACUAGCUGCAGUGGUUGUUCUAGGGAACAACGAGGAGCUUGAGGGAGAAUCAGCAUUUCAGCCCAAUGAUUUCCAUCCAAAACAACUGCCCAUUGUUUACCCAGGAUUGAAUUAUAGUGGUUCUACAACAUCAGAUUGCACUCCUUUAUCGUUAAAAAAUAUUGAUGUCAAAGGAAAAGUAGUCCUUUGUGAAGUAGAUUCUAGGACGACCGGAAUUGCUCAAGGACAAGCGGUGAAGAACGCUGGUGGUGCAGCCAUGGUUCUUAUGAACACAAAAGACCAAGGAUUUAGUACACUUGCUUACCCUUACGUUCUUCCAAUAACAAAUGUCAAUUAUGAGGGCAGCCAAAAGAUACUAACAUAUAUACAUUCGACAUCUAGACCAACAGCCACAAUAGUGUUCAAGGGAACACUAAUUGGCGAUAAAAAUGCUCCAAUGGUGGCAUUUUUUUCGUCUAGAGGUCCCAGUCGAGCAAGCCCAGGAAUUUUGAAGCCUGACAUCAUUGGACCCGGUGUGAACAUCCUUGCGGCAUGGCCUUUCUCCGUUGAAAACAUCGUCAAUGCAAAAUAUACAUUCAACAUUUUAUUCGGGACAUCGAUGUCAUGUCCCCAUCUGAGUGGUAUUGCUGCAUUGCUUAAGAGUGCACACCCGGAUUGGUCUCCUGCCGCUAUUAAGUCAGCAAUGAUGACUACUGCUCAUAUUGUGAAUCUCAAUAAUGCUCCUAUUGAAGACGAGAGAUUCCUUCCAGCGGACAUUUUUGCUGUCGGUUCUGGUCAUGUCAACCCUUCAAAGGCUAAUGAUCCUGGGUUGAUUUAUGACAUUGAACCUCGAGACUACGUUCCCUAUUUGUGUGGUCUGAAAUACACAAAUCGGCAGAUGAGCAUGAUUUUACAACGCAAAGUGAAUUGCUCAGCUGAAUCAAGUAUACCGGAAGGAGAACUGAACUAUCCGUCAUUUUCGAUCAUCUUCGGACUAUCAAACCAGACGUACACAAGGACAGUGACUAAUGUUGGUGAGGCCAAUGCAUCAUACACCGUGGAUAUUCUUCCUCCUCAUGGUGUUAAUGUGGUUGUCAAUCCUCGUAGUCUCCAAUUCUCAGAGUUGAACCAGAAACUGAAAUUUGAAGUUACGUUUAGCACAUCCGACACUACUACUCUCAUAAACGCUCAGGGACAUAUUUUGUGGAAGUCAUCUACACACUCUGUUAGGAGCCCUAUUUCUGUAGUUAAGGCAAAUUUAUAG